AGAAGAGGGGGAAGGAGGGAGGGAGGGAGAGGGAGAGUGCAGGAAGGGGGGAGGGAGGGGAAAGACCUGGCCCUGGCGGAAGCCUUAUACCCCAGCAGCCUGGGCACUAGCUGAGUUUCAGAAAGGAGCAUUAGGAUUCUGUGAACUUUCUUCCAAACAUCCUUUCUCUGCGAUUUUCCUUUGGGGUGAAAGAAGGGGCAGGGGGACCACAGGACGGGAAAUCACGGAAGAUGCUGGCCAGGAAUCCGGGAGACGAGGAGGAGGAGAGGCCGGGGGAGGGGAAGAGCCGGAGAAGCAAUCUGUUCUGAAGCAAGCAGGGAGCGAGCGGGGAUUCCAGGAGGAGGGAGGGAGACCCGAGUCUGCCUGCCGCAGAUUGGUGGCUGUGUCCUUGGAACGGAGUGAGUAGGCUCAAGGGGCCUGUGGGAGUGCAGGAGGGAAUUCGGCCUCCACCUGCUGAAUACAGAGCUGCGCUGAGGAAGGCGCUGACUUGGAGAAGUUGCCAAACCAGCCUGCACCUUCAGGACUCAUGGUUUCUUCUGGACCCAGAGGCCCAGACAGUGGGCACCACCUGGGGUCCUCCUCUCUUUGGGGAACAAAGAGGCUCCCUGGGGAUUCCAGCAGCCACUGAGGCUGAGGAGGCUCAUGGAGACUCACUUCCUCCCGGGCUCUCUUCCCAAAACACCCACCCUGGGACCCCCUUGGACUCAAGCCCAGCAGGCCACCAGGACAAAUGGCCUCUGAGACCUUCAACACUGGAGAUCCAGGUGCAGCCCUGGCUUCCUAAUCAGUCCCAGACAUGGGACAGGACUUAAGUUUUCUUAGAAGAAAUGCCAAGGAUCUUUAAAGGGCACCUUUCAUCUCCUUCAGCCCCUCCCUCCCAGAUGCAGCACCAAGAGGGAACGUCCAGCAGGCAUGGGUGAGAGACACACAGAGCAUCUGCGGGAACUCUUCCAGGACCUGCUGGCAGCUGACCCAGCCCCAUCUCGUCCCCUCCCUCUUUCAGGUUUUGAUCAUCAUUCAAGAUCCUGGGGGACCUCGAUGGGGUUUCUUGCCCCCUAGGCUCCUGAAGGGGACUGACCGUGGAUCUCAGGAAGCCCUCUGGUGCUCAGAGGCUCCUGGGAAAGUCUCUAGCCAUGAUACCACAUGCUCAGAAACCCCACCUUCACAGAUGCUGGCCCCUGAUGUAGCUGCCUUCCUGUGUCAAAGACUCUCGAUUCCAUGAACACGGUCCUCAUGGGCUCCCUCCAGCACUGCUGUUGUCAGCUGCCUAAGAUGGGUGACAGUUGGGCCCAGCUUCCCUGGCCCGGGCCACCCCACCCAGCGAUGCUGCUGAUCUCUCUCCUCCUGGCAGCCGGGUUGAUGCACUCGGAUGCUGGCACCAGCUGCCCAGUCCUUUGCACAUGCCAUAACCAGGUGGUGGAUUGUAGCAGCCAGCGGCUAUUCUCCGUGCCCCCAGAUCUGCCAAUGGACACCCGCAACCUCAGCCUGGCCCACAACCGCAUCGCAGCGGUGCCGCCUGGCUACCUUACAUGCUACGUGGAGCUCCGGGUGCUGGAUUUGCGCAACAACUCCUUGAUGGAGCUGCCCCGGGACCUCUUCCUCCAUGCCAAACGCUUGGCACACCUGGAUCUGAGCUACAACAACUUCAGCCACGUGCCAGCCGACAUGUUCCAAGAGGCCCAUGGGCUGGUUCACAUCGACCUUAGCCACAACCCCUGGCUGCGGAGGGUGCACCCCCACGCCUUCCAAGGCCUUGUGCAGCUCCGAGACCUGGACCUUAGCUAUGGGGGCCUGUCCUUCCUCAGCCUCGAGGCUCUUGAGGGUCUACCGGGGCUGGUGACCCUGCAGAUCGGCGGCAAUCCCUGGGUGUGCGGCUGCACCAUGGAGCCUCUGCUGAAGUGGCUGCGAAACCGGAUCCAGCGCUGUACAGCAGAUUCUCAGCUGGCUGAGUGCCGGGGCCCCCCUGAAGUCGAGGGCGCCCCACUCUUCUCACUCACCGAGGAGAGCUUCAAGGCCUGCCACCUGACCCUGACCCUGGAUGAUUACCUGUUCAUUGCGUUCGUGGGCUUCGUGGUGUCCAUCGCCUCUGUGGCCACCAACUUCCUCCUGGGCAUCACCGCCAACUGCUGCCACCGCUGGAGCAAGGCCAGUGAAGAGGAAGAGAUCUGACAUGGCUGCCUCUCAUCCUUCCAUGCUGCUGUCCGCUACAGCCGCUGACCACCAGACGCCCACCCUGACAGCCCACUCUGGUUCCACGGUGACCUGGCUGCCUCAGUCAUGGCUCAAGCAAGGUGGGGACGCUCACUUUGUAUGCGCAUCUGCUUUGGGCCAGGCAGUGCGCUAGGGACUGGGAACAUCAGAUUAAUUGACUCAGUCCCCGCCCUCAAGGUAAUUACCCCUGGUCAAGGAGAGAGAUCCAAAAACUAUUCCCUUUAAGACCAUGUCAGGACUCUGAGCACAUCAUUAUGGAUGCCCAGGAGGAACUGUCAUCUGUGUCUAGCAAUGUCCAUGAGAUUUGUAAGAGUGGAGUGAUUUGUGAACUGGGUCAUCAAGAAAUAUCUACUUUGUAAGGUAGGCAACAAAGAGUGUCUGCAAAUGGCAGAGGCCAGAGUAGGCAUAGUGCAUGGUGUUGAGAAGAUGAACAGUUCCUGGUCACAAACUUGUAUAGAGGGGGUGUGGCACAGAACUCAAACCUACUCCCCACCCUCUGACACCAAAACGGUCAGCUCUCAGCAAUCAGCCACUGCCUCCAGGGAGUACGAACACCUCCAUGCCAGCCCUGGCCUCCUUCCACCAGCAGCUACCAGGUGAAACCACCUCCCAGUGACUGCCCCCAUAUGACCAAUUGUCACUGGCUGGUGAUGUCCCAGGCAGCAGGCUGAGGAUGGACACUUUCAGUGCCCUUUCUCUUGCCUCUUACUCAUGAUUGGCUUCAGAAGAGAGAGGCAGGAGGCCCAGCAACUGGGGCAGCAAAAGUCCCGGCAUCCUGGGACCGUCGUCAUGUGACCGUUGGUGCCACGGUGCUCAUGCCACAGGGUGUCACCAGGAAAGUGCAGUGUGGGCCACUGGCCCAUGGCCUGGCAGUACCCAGAGCUUAAAGAGGACAAAAGCAGCACAGUUAUGACCAUAUGAGGCUUUGCAUUUUCUUCUAAGCAACUCACCCACAUAAGCAUAAGGGCGAGAGAGCUGUUAAAUACUGAGUCCCCGCCAGUGUCAGGCUCUGUGAAAAGCUCUCUCCACAAACCAUUCCCUUUAACAUACACACAGAUUGAGCUGAAUGCUGUUGUUCCCAUUUUACAGAUGAGGUAAUUAAGGCUCAGCGAGGUUAAAGUCACAUGCCACUAUAAGCAAGAUAAAGUCUGUGCUCUUUGUACUGCCCCAUCCAAGAUGGGGAGCAUCACCAUUCCCUCUUGAGUUGUAUAAAUUCAAAUUCAACUAGAGAUGACAAAGUUUCUAAUAAGGUCCAGGUACUCCUCUGGGCACUUCGAUAUCUAUUGACUUGCUUCUUUUUUUUUUUUGAGACAGAGUUUCGCUCUUGUUACCCAGGCUGGAAUGCAAUGGCACAAUCUUGGCUCACUGCAACCUCCGCCUCCUGGGUUCAGGCAGUUCUCCUGCCUCAGCCUCCUGAGUAGCUGGGAUUACAGGCACGCGCCACCAUGCCCAGUUAAUUUUUUGUAUUUUUAGUAGAGACGGGGUUUCACCAUGUUGACCAGGAUGGUCUUGAUCUCUUGACCUCGUGAUCCACCUGCCUCAGCCUCCCAAAGUGCUGGGAUUACAGGCUUGAGCCACCAUGCCUGGCCCUGACUUGCUUCUUUCAAUUCUCCCAGCAACACUGCCUGGUGGUUUUUAUUAUCCCCAUUUGACAGAUGAAUUAAUUGUAGAGAGUUGAGUGACUUAUCCAGAGUUGUCUGGAUGAGCCCUAGAAGGAAAGUGGUAGGCAACUCCAUUCAGGGAAACUGCAUCUAAUCAGUCAGUCAAAAAUCAAGUCACUUUACGAGCAAAGCACAAUUAUCAUCAUCGUUGUCUUCUUCAUCAGUUUCCUCGGUGUCAUCAUUAUCUUCCCUCUAUUUGUUCAGCACCAGAGAGUUCACGAGUGUUUUCACAUCGUUCUCCGUGACUUUUCACAACCCUGUGCGGGAGGUAAAUGAAACAUCAGUAAUCUUGUUUUACAGAUGGGAAAAACAGUCUCAAGGUUGGAUAUGACUUGUCUACGUGGCAAGGUUGGGACUCAACCCUACACGGUUCUCUUUCCUGUGCUUUCCCAAGUGCUUGGGGAAGAGAAUGCCUCAGAGGGCUGGGUGAUGGGGCCCUGGAAUUCAGCAGCCAUGAAUGUGCUAGUAGGUCAGCUAAAUAGAAGGCAGGCAACCCAUCUGCUGUACAGAUUGAGCUAAGCUCCCGGUAGGGCAAAUUGCAGGCUCUGAAACAGAGAUUACACAGGUAACGUCUGAAUAGGAGACUCCUGCUCUACAACGGGUAGAUAAAACAUCAGCACUGGUGGCCAUGGAGGCAGUCACAUGAAAAAUUAGAUCUUUGGGAAUCGAGAGAGGAAACUGUGUUAACCCUUCCUACUCAAGCCCUGCUGUAUGUGUUGCAACAGAUACUAAAAGAGCAAGAAAGCUACAGGUGAGAACCUCUGCAGUUUAGGAGAAGAGCAUUAAGGCACAGCCAAACAUGCUGAUAAGCUGGCCAGGAGGAGAAUUAAAACAGGGGCUUUCCACCUACCUUGCCCCAAGCUCCAGCAGUAUUCCAUCAUCCCAUCCUCCUGGAAAGCCUCAAAGAAAUGAAGGAGGAUAACAUGCCAUCUUCCAGGAAGGCAUCCCUCACUUGUGCUUCCCUGAGCUAGUCAACCAAAAGAGUCUUCAGAAACUCUGCUAGACCUGAGGUACUUGAACGUGUGUCCCCUGAACCUUGCUUACAACAUCUGAUAUCCAAAGCAGAACUGUGCCCUGCUCUCUUCUGUGAUGAUCAAGGAUGGCGAACUCGAGCUGUUCUCUAACAAGCCAGGCUGACAGCCUAAAUACCUGGAGAGGAACUUUUAGAAACUAUAAUCCUGACAAAAUAGAAAAGCUUCCCAUAGACGGAUACCAUAUACUAUAAUAAUCUCCUAGGAACUAUUGUUUGCCAAAAUAUAGUUGAUAUCUUUUAAGAUAGAUACUUUUUUUGCAUAGGACUAGAACCAGAAAAGACACCAAAUGCCCCCUUGACAUCAACUGUCCUUUCUAGUGGGACAAUCUGGUCUCCAUUAAUGCCAAACCUUUCUGAGCAGGAUACAUGGCUUUUAAAGGACAGAUGUUUCUCCUGCUGCUAAAAGCGCCCCAGUUUACUAGAGCAUAAUGAGAAAAGUAUUCAACCCACCUACUGCCAAGGAAUUCCCUGCUUCUCCCCCACUACCGUCAGCUUGUCCAAGCUAUGAGAAGCAAGCUUCUAAAGAUAAUCUAGCAAUCCUCAUUGCAAUUGCUCCCACAUCCCUGGUAACCACAAGGCUUCAUUCAAAUUGUCCAAACUGGUUAAUAUGUAUGUGAUGGAGUAUCUCUGCAUCUGUAUGUCUGUCUGUGAGGUUCCUUGUGUAUUGGCGGUCUGCUGACACAGGACAGAUCUCUCUGGAAUUUGGGUUCAGUUCUCUGACAUCGUCCACUGAGCCAUCUGCUUAUUUAUGUUGGUGCAAAAGUGAUUGUGGUUUUUGCCAUUAAAACUGAUAGCUAAACCCGCAAUUACUUUUGCGCUAACCUAAUAUUACAUUGUUUGACAGACUAAGAUGGAACCCCACCAGGUUUAGGGUAGGACUGAAUGCUCAGAAAAUACAGAAGGAGAAAAAUCUGUGGCAGGGUCAUCCAAAUGAGAAGCUGACUUCUGGCUGCUUCCCUCUGUUCUCUCCUGCCCCUCAGAGAAGUCCUCAUUGCAGAAGCUUCCUCCAUGCUGGACCAGAGGAUAUCAAAGGUAUCCUCUGGUCAAGGUUUGGGCCAAGAAAACUCCUUUCUAGAAGAGCCCUCAUAUCUGAAUCACACCAGUUAUCUCUGGUCCCCAUUUAGACAAACCCUCAUCUCUCUUUCCCCAUUCCUAGAGGAAUUCCCAGGGAACUUUGUGGAAAUAGGAACCCAGAGUUGCUAUAGAGGUUCAUGGCUCCUUCCAAGGAGGUACAUGUAUGAAAUUUGAACAGAUCAAGACAGGUGUUUGUCUUUAACCACAAGGGAAGACCUCCCAGCUUCCAUUUCCCCCAUAGGUGUCUUUGCUGACAUCCUUUCCAGCAGUAGAGGAGUAAAAAGAUACAUCUUCAUCCAUUCCUCAAAAGGACAUCUUCCUAAAGCCAGAGAAAAUUGUCUGCUCUUCCCCACCCCAGGAAGACACAAAAGGGAAAUUAGGGAGUCACACAGUCCUUUGUAAAUCACUAUUGUGUUUGUCACAGCACUGGGUGGAGAGCUGGAUCCACAGAGCUCUCAGUUUUUCUAAGCACUGUCCUGUAAUGUGCUAAUGUCUAGGGGUGGGAGGGCUGGGGGGGCGGGGUUAGAGGGAAGAUGCCAACCUUUGUAUGGAGAUGAUUUUAUAACCAUGCACUUUUGUAACUGUGAAGAAUUUUUCAUAAAUGUACAUUAAUAAUAAAGAGUGUAUAGUUUAA